UUAUUAACAUUUAGGAAUGAAUGUGGAAAAAAAAUGCUAUCUAUCAGUUUAAUUUAUUGCGUGUGGGAUGUUGUUGUUUUACCACUAUAAUUCGUCAAAGUCGUGUCAAACUCAAUAAAUUUAAUUUAAAAUACAAUUUAAUGUUGAACAUAUCUUAUUGCGCGAAAGUUACUAUUCCAUAGUUAAAUAAUUUAAUAAAUGAUAAAAUUUUCAUAUUCUGUUUAAAAUAAUCACACAUUAUUAAUAUUCUGCACCAAUAGCAUUUCAUCGCCAUAGUUGCUUUAAGAAGUAAAAAUACGGAGUCAUCGAAUUGCCGCCAAAAACGAUUAAAUAGAAAAAUUGAUAAAAAUCGGUGUUAUUUAUUUUUUCAGAUGUGAUAACAGUUGUAUAAUGGAGUAAAUAUUAGGUUUUAAACAAACUGAAAAAAAAAGAAAAAUCUUUAUAAAAAAUAAUAUCGAUGAAUGUGAACCCUGUGGUAAUUAACUAUAAAGAUUUUGGGUUGACUGCCCAAAGCGUGUUUGACAACAUAUUUUCCACCUAUGACAUAAUAUACUGAUCACUUUAAAUAAACUUAAAUCCCUAAGUUGAAAAUAAUGCUCAGUUAUUAAGUAUAUUAAAUAAAUGCGUCUUAACGUUUGACUAUUUUUGAGCGAGAAAUCAAGUGCGAUACCAAAGUCAAUUGAAAAUAUACUGACUACAGUGGGAAAAAUGAAUAUAUUAGGAAAACAUCAACGGUCGAUGGUCGGUUAACGGCCGUCGCAUCUAUACCAUGCUUGACUGCAAUCAAUUCAAAUUCGAUUUUGCAUCAUCAAAUGCAAUUGCUACCACAAUCAAAACCAUACCAAUAUUCGAACUUGACCGCCAAAUACAAAAACAUUAUUUCGUUGGUACACACGUUGCUUAAUCGAACGCAACUAUCGGUAAUAACAGCGAAAUUGCCAUUCAUCGAUAAACUAAACCGAACUAAGUAAACUAAACUGAAACCAGCUCGUCAACUAUGAGCCAAUUGAGCACAGUUUACGCCACCAAAAGACGGCGUAGAAAUGGUAAAAGUCUUAAACCACCACCAAAAGACGGUGUUACCAAAAGCAAUCCAUCGAAAAGGCAUAGAGAAAGAUUAAACGCUGAACUGGAUCUUUUAGCUUCACUGCUGCCAUUCGAGCAAAAUAUUUUAAGUAAAUUGGAUCGACUGAGUAUUCUUAGGUUAGCUGUUAGCUAUUUAAGGACAAAAAGCUAUUUUCAAGUAGUAAUGCUUGAAGAAAAAGAAGAAAAUGGAUUAUUAUCACACAUUCAUCAUCAUGAUGUGUAUCGAAGUAGAGAGUUGAACGCAUUCGAACACAGCAUUUCCGAUGGCGAUAUGUUUUUACAGGCUUUAAAUGGAUUUCUCAUGAUUUUGACAUGCGAUGGUGAAGUAUUUUUUGCAACACACAGCAUUGAAAGCUAUUUGGGCUUUCAUCAGUCCGAUAUAGUUCAUCAAUCGGUGUAUGAGUUGGUGCAUUCAGAAGAUCGUGAAGAAUUACAGCGACAAUUGUUGUGGAACUCAUUUCUUCCAAGUGAUGCAGCCGGAAUGCCAUUAAAUGAAGCAUUAUCACCUGACAAAUCGGUCUAUUUGGAACGCAGUUUCACCGUUCGAUUUCGUUGCUUACUUGAUAAUACAUCAGGGUUUUUACGCCUAGAUAUUCGUGGCCGUGUAAAAAUUUUGCAUGGACAAAAUCGUAAAACCGAAGAACCUCCGUUAGGAUUAUUUGCAUAUUGCACACCAUUUGGACCACCGUCCCUCAUGGAGAUUCCUCAAAAAGAGAAUAUGUUUAAAUCUAAACAUAAAUUAGAUUUAUCUCUUGUUUCAAUGGAUCAACGUGGUAAAAUGAUUCUUGGAUAUGCAGACAACGAACUGGCUACUAUGGGUGGAUAUAGUCUUGUACAUUUUGAUGACUUGGCUUAUGUAGCUAGCGCACAUCAAGAAUUGUUGAAAACAGGCGCUUCGGGAAUGAUUGCAUAUCGAUACCAAAAGAAGGACGGUGAAUGGCAAUGGUUACAAACCAGCUCUCGGUUGGUUUAUAAAAAUUCCAAACCCGAUUUUGUUAUUAGCACACAUCGACAAUUAAUGGAAGAAGAAGGCAAAGAUUUAUUGGGAAAACGCACUAUGGAUUUUAAGGUUAGUUAUUUGGACACUGGAUUAGCUUCAACCUAUUUUUCGGAGGCAGAUCAGUUGAUAAUGCCACCAAGCGGAUCGCCAAACUCAUUAUCUCAGCCAUCAGUGGCCCCACCACAAAGACCAUCUAGGCGCUAUAAGACUCAACUGCGUGAUUUUUUAUCAACAUGUCGAUCAAAGCGUAAGGUACAGCAGUCACAGCCUCAACAUCAAUCAAGUUCGCAUAUGGGCCAAAUAACUCCUCCAGCACCAGAAUAUAUACCAGUGGCUGCUGCUUACACAAAUUUAAAUCCAAUGUACGCAGCAGCAUCACCGUAUCCAUCAUCAACUGAAAACCUAUACAUGACACCAUCGGUACAUUCGUCAAACUUUUAUCCAGAGAAUUUGUAUCAUCAAUAUCGUUUGCAGGGUGGAUAUUAUUCAGGUGACUAUCACCAUUCAUCGGUGCCAACGUCAUAUGUAGCAAAUGGAUUCUUGCCAUAUGACGGUUAUGCCAUUUCAACCAAAGAAGAAAAGUGGCAGGACAAUGGAAAGUAUUAUGAUGUAACUAGUCGUAGUAGCAUGUAUACGGAGUAUAGCAGUCCAACAGGUCAUUCUCAGAUCAUUCAAUCAACAUUGAAAACGCCUAAGACAUCACCUCCGAUUAUGGAGUCACCUGGAAAUCGUUCACCAUCUCAUAACAAUACAGCCAAUGACAACAAUGAUGCUGGUGUUCUAACUUCAAACAAUGUUACCAAUUCUUCCAAUGCAAAUGUUACCAAUGGUUCGAAUUCGAAUAAUAGUACUACUUUGCUAGUUACUCCAAAAAUUGAACCAUCACCGCCGAGUUCUGAGCAUUAUGAAAGACAAACCGUUCUAAUGUGGGGUACAUCGAGCACAAAUCGAUCGCCGAUCACAACGCCAACAACGAAUGGACUCUAUUCAACGGAAAUCAACCAUUUGAAACGAACGAAUCAAAUAGUAUCACCAACGCAAGAUGGAACAGGUGUUCAUAUGAAGUGGUCGGAAGGUACAUCGAACAAUAAGGAAAUACCUGUAAGCGUUCCUCUUUAUCAGAUCCAUUCACACCAAACUCAAACCGCAUCGGCCGCAGUUGAUGCUUCCACCAUGUAUGCACACGUAGCACAUUCUUCGCACCUAACACCACAUCACUCGUCUUCAUCGACAUCUAGUGGUAGUCAUAUAGUAUCACCGGAACAUGGCAGCGCCACACCAACGCAAAAUCACCAACAUGUGACACAUCAAUCACUUGGAAGUAGUUGCGAGGUAGGUAGUUGGAGUCCUGCCUACUCGCAAUACCAAUAUUUCACUUAUCACCCAGCUCCACAGCACGCAAACACUCAGUCAUCAUUGGUAGAUACCAACCAAUCACAUUGUCCAUCGCGCAGCAACGGCUACAUGGAUCAUCCAACAGUUCAUCACCAUCAUCAUCAACAGCACGGCACCAUAUCGCCAAUCUCACAGCUCACACAGCUGUCCCAUACCCAGUUCCAUCCAACGCGUACAUCGAUAACGCGAACGGGAGUCCUUUGCUGUCCUGCUUCUCUGAGGUGACCAACACGCUUUUAAACCAAUAGAGACAAAUUAUGUACGGUAUUCAAAACAAUACAAAGUAAUCAAAGUUUUCAAAACAUAAUGUUUAAUCAUUUCCGAAGAAAAUUUGUAGAGUUUGGACAGUAUACCAGUUUUUUAAGUAAUCCAUUUUUGUGUGCAAUUGUAUUUUUAACAUUUAAACAAAUAUUUAUGAACAAAACGUAUGCUUUCCCACUGAACAUUGUAUGUUUGUGAAUUUCGGUACACUGCGAAGCGAAAAUAAUUAUUUCAGGUGUUGCUUUUACGAAAAACCGUUUUGAUUCAUUUAAUUAUACGAUAUUUUUGAACUAAUAACCCAAAAAAUAAAUUAUAUUAAAUUUAAGAAUAUAUUUAUCGUGUAAAUUCCAGCAAAAAAACAAAAACAAAAUUAAAACUAAAAAAAAUUUCAACAUGGUAAAAUCGUAAGAUAAACUAAAUAGGUUAUCUCUAAUUAGAAGUAAUUCAAUACAACCCAAAAAUUAAUUUGAUUCUUCAAAUAUAUUAUUGGAUAAACUUCUCAAAAACUCUCGUCAUUUAAAGUGUAACUGCGAUAUGCGAUAAAAUCCGGCGUCUUUGACAUCCGACAAUUAUAAAAUCAAAAAACACAAUACUUUAUUUUUAUGCGCCACAUGAAGAGUAUAACAUAUAUGUAAUGCAUAUUAUAAUUUUCUUUUCUGUGAUUAUGAAAUACAAAAAAAAUAUAGUAGUAAUAAUAAUUAUUAUAAUAACCAUAGCAAUAUAAAACAAAACCAUUGACCAUAAACCGAUAGAAGCGAUUGAAUCGAUUUCAUUUUUUCUUCGUAAAUAAGUCUUUCUUUAAGUGCCGCCCUCCCAUUUGAAAUAAAAAACUGAUAUCAUACAAUUAAACAAACAUCACUAUACCGAUUGCCAUAAACUGAUAUUUUCAUGUUGCCAAUUUUAUAUACAUCACACACAAUCAAACCACAAUCUCUACAAAUGUGAAGAGAAAUUAUAUUUCGACAUCUCAACAAUUUUAAAACACAUUAUAAUCUUUAUAAUUCAAACCUCUGAAUAUCAAAGAAGAUCCCGAUAGCAUUUUGUAGAUUCAAUAUGUUAUAUAAUAACUCCUAAUUUUCAUUCAGCAUACAAAAAACCUUUAGACGAAAGAUUUAAUAUUUUAAUGGAAGGAAAGAAAAAAUGCUGUAAACUACAUUAAAAUCAGUCUUCGCAUGACAAUUGCUUAUAUUACCAUAAAAAUUGAACUGUAUUCGAAGAAAUGAUUGUGGAAAAUCACAAAAAUAUAUCACAGUGAAUUGAAAUGACGACAAAACCAUUAAUGAAUAUUUGAAAGAUUAUGGUUUAGGAGGAACACAUUGAUAAACUUAGUAUAACGAUUAAUCUAGUCUCUAGUCUCUUUAAAAUAAAAAAAAAUUUGAACAAAUAAA